GAAGUUGGAGGAUCGUUUUGUCCCUUUUUUUGGUUAUCCUUGUACCCUCAGGGAAUGACAUUAGUGUUGCAAUUUAUGAUUUUUCUCAGCCACUGAUUUGGAUGGAGAAAGGCACAUAGAGCGAUGGGAGGCGUUCUAAGUAAAGCUGCUAAUAGCGUCGGGGCUGCUGUUGGAAAUGCCGUUGCCGCUCCAUUCAAGACCAUUUUCGGUGGAUCGUGCGAGGAACUAUGCUCGGGACCGUGGGACGUAGUUUGUUUUAUCGAGCAUCUAUGCGUCACGAAUCUGAUCAAACUCUUGCUGAUAUGUGUUCUCUGUUACAUAGCUCUACUGUUCCUGUAUCUGUUGUUCAAGCUGGGGAUUUGCCAGUGCAUAGGGAGAAGCCUCUGUAACAUGUGCUGGGCCGCGUGCGAGACGUACUGGCACGCGCUCGCCCACAUUUGCUGUUUCGGGUGGUACAAGAUAACCAGCACCAAGCGGGUAUACCGUGGGCGACACCGCUUCCGAGACUUUGAAGCGGGACAUAGCCUGAGUGACAUAACUGAUGAUUAUUCGAGUCGUCAUCUCAGCACAAGUAGGAAAAGGAAGCUGCUCAGAGAGAGGACAGAAGGCCCACUUGCUUCAUACAGCAACCACAGCCGCCGGCACCGUCGCCAUCACCACCACAGGCAUGUGAAGCUGAAGUCAAGGCGGGUUUCUUUUGCCUCGGGGAGAGGUUCAUGGACAUCAAGGAUUUCGAGACCUCACCAGAUAAGCACGUUACACGCUGAAAGACGAGGUGGGACUUUCAAGCGGCGGAGGGUCCGAUGAUGAUCAUAAUAGCUGCAGUUAAAAAGAGACUGUCUACCGAUGUUUCGUCUCUCUUCCAACGAACAAGAAAGAAUUGCGUUGACCUGACUACCACCAUAUUGAAGACAGCAGUUACAAUACAGAAACACCGAGGUAGGGUCUGCUGCAAACGUUUUUGCAUGGGGUGAGCUUUGAAGCACUAGCAAUGGCCAGAUCCGGGUGAGCUUUAAGAUAUUAGAUGAGGUUCUCUUUGCAGUGAUCGGAUCACGCCUAUAUCCAAGUUCCGAUGAUACAUGUUCGGCGAGUAUUUCCGAUCUUUAUCGGCUGUGAUAUGCCCAGGGAAGUACGUGCAGGAAAAACAAAUUUUAGAGGCGAUCAAUCUAAUGUGGUGUACACAUGCUAUGCAUGCCCAUGUUUCUUGUUUCGAAAAGGCAAGUAUCGACAGAAACCUCCAUUGUUCUUUCGAACUGCCAAUAUUUACCUAGAGGUCUGAAUUCAUGGU